AUGUCGUCUACAGUACUGGUCAGCGACCUUCCCUCCAACUGCGAGUCAUACUACGUCUUCACCGAGCUACGUUUACAGGACGAUGAAAUCGAAGAAGUGUAUACACGAGCGGGAGGAGGCGAGUCCGCCUGGAUAGUCUUCAAGGACCGCACGCUCGCCGCAACAUUCGAGAAGAACCACAAAGGCUACCACUUUGGGGUAAUUGGCAAAAAGAUCACGACUUGCUUUUGGACCGAAGCCAUUCCCGACCACGCCACCAAUCGCUAUUCCGACUUCGUCCGCGCCCGGGAUCACCAAAUACUCUCGAGUACCGUUGAGAUUACCGGUCUUCCCGCAAAACACACUCUGAGUGACAUGAACAAGUUGCUAGAGUCGGUGCGAGACCAGUACCUCGAGGCCACCAAGCAGAACCAACUUCUGGACCCGACCGACUACGGCUACUACGAGCCCAUCAAUAUCCUUCAAGUCAAGACGCCCGACCCAGGAGUCGGCCUUAUACAGCUUGCCGAGCCAAGGAUGGCGAUCAACCUAGUACAACAGUACGCGGGUACCUACUGGAAGAACGCAACGCUUAACGCUCGAUGCGUCCCUGAUGAAGAGAUGAAUAAAUUGCUUGUCAAUGAGCCAAGCGCUACGGACGCAUCGCUCUUCGUGCGUGGUCUGAAGGUCGGUACGUCAUCGAAGGAGGUGCGAGAGAUCUUUAAGGACUUCCCCAUCACCGACGUCAAUGUGCUACCAGGCAAGACGUUCUGCUUCGUCAUCGUGCAGCAAGCAGACGCGAACUCGAUACUCGCGCGGUUCAAGAAUGGGGUCAAGUGGCAAGGUCGCACCAUCAAAGUGGACUUAUCGGAUAAGGACAAGCGGAAGAGAAAAGCUGAGUUUGGUUCUACCAGCGCCACUCCUGUUGCUGCGCCAGCUCCUCUACCGCCUACCGAUAUCACGGACCUGAAACUGGAAAACCUGCCGUACGAUGUCACAAACCACAAAAUCCUCACCCUGUUCGAGGGCUUCGCUGUCUACAAGGUCGUCAUCAAGCAGGGCUAUGCUUUUGUGGGUAUUCCGACAGGAGAAGUCGGCCGCGCUCUCGAUAUGCUGAACGACACGAUGAUUGGGGCUGGAUACAUCAAGGCUAAGGUUACUGAUCCCCGGAAGAAGUAG